GUUGCAGCAGCCGAGAGAGCUUCACGUGGGUUUCCUUUUUUCCCCGCCCCCAACCGUUGUCUAGUGUUUCCCCUGUUUGUUUUCCGAGAAAAUUUGGAAUCGAGAACGAUUUUCCACCGAAUUGGAGUGCUGCAGUGCAGUGAGAGAGUUUGAAGGUCACUUGAGAAUUCGUAUGGCGGUAUCUUCGAUUAGUUUGAUUCAUGCUCGGAAUCCGCUGAGCAUGGAAUUCGAAGCUACAGCGAGGGUAUCGCCCGGAGUUCGUAGUUCAGUGCCGUACAAAUUCGGAGGCCUGCGCAUUGCUGUUCGUUCUAGUUCGCUGGUUUUGGCAAAUGCGAAACGGAGAGAAGAGGAUAGCGAUUAUCGAGCUCCCUCUGAAGAUUCAGUGGGUGCUUCCGGUGAUCUAUUAAAGAUACAGAGACAACUGGUCGAUGAUCAAGUUCAGAAUUUCCAAGAGCGUGACUUUGCGGGCACAGCGUAUGUUCCCGUGUAUGUGAUGUUACCAUUAGGAGUCAUUGAUGUGAACUCUGAGGUGGUUGAUCCGGAAGGGCUCUUGCAUCAGUUAAUAACUUUGAAGUCUGUCGAUGUUGAUGGUGUUAUGGUCGACUGCUGGUGGGGGAUAGUAGAGGCUCAUACACCGCAGGUGUAUAAUUGGAGUGGCUACAGGAAACUCUUUCGAAUGAUACACGACCUUGGGCUUAAGAUACAGGUUGUUAUGUCUUUCCAUGAAUGUGGGGGCAAUGUUGGAGAUGAUGUACAUAUACCACUCCCCCUGUGGGUGAGAGAAAUUGGUCAAAGCAAUCCCGACAUAUAUUUCACCAACAAAGCUGGCAGGCAUAACUCUGAAUGCCUUACUUGGGGGAUUGACAAGCAACGGGCCUUAAGAGGACGGACUGCUCUAGAGGUUUACUUUGAUUACAUGAGAAGCUUCCGGGUGGAAUUUGACGAAUUUUUUGAGGAUGGAGUUAUCUCUGAAAUUGAAGUUGGUCUUGGUCCUUGUGGAGAGCUGAGGUAUCCUUCGUAUCCUGCAAAACAUGGGUGGAGAUAUCCUGGUAUCGGAGAAUUCCAGUGUUAUGACAAAUAUUUGUUAAAGUACUUGAGGGAUGCAGCAGAGGCAAGAGGGCACAGUUUCUGGGCUCGGGGACCUGACAAUGCUGGUUCUUACAACUCCAUGCCACAUGAGACUGGAUUUUUUCGGGAUGGAGGUGACUACGACAGCUACUAUGGCAGAUUCUUUCUCAACUGGUACUCGCGAGUUCUGAUCGACCAUGGUGACCGUGUUCUUGCCCUGGCAAAUUUAGCUUUUGAAGGAAAUCGAAUUGCUGCCAAGCUUUCAGGUAUACACUGGUGGUAUAAAACAGCUAGUCAUGCUGCCGAGCUUACUGCUGGCUUCUACAACCCAUCAAACCGGGAUGGCUACGCCCCGAUAGCUGCAAUGCUGAAGAAACAUGACGCUGCUCUUAAUUUCACGUGCGUGGAGUUACGCACACUCGACCAACAUGAGGACUUCCCUGAGGCACUGGCUGACCCAGAAGGACUAGUUUGGCAGGUGCUGAAUGCGGCAUGGGAUGUUGGCAUACCCGUAGCAAGCGAGAAUGCACUUCCUUGUUAUGACAGAGAAGGCUACAACAAGAUCUUGGAGAAUGCCAAACCCCUUAACGAUCCUGACCAGCGCCACCUCUCUUGUUUCACCUAUCUUAGGCUUUCCCCAAUUCUCAUGCGCCCGCGUAACUUUAAAGAAUUCGAGAGAUUCGUCAGACGGAUGCAGGGGGAAGCAGUCUCAGAUCUAGGGUUGCCUCCCAUGGUGCAAGACAAAAGACCCGGAUGAAAUGGUUAAGUUUACCAGGGCGACCAAGUGAAGUGAAUGAUUAGAGCCAAUCUUGCUGCCCAUGAUUAAGGAAUUGUACUUAACAAACAUCAUAUGAUCAUGCCAUAUUAAUUGAGCAAAAGGAAAGCAUCCGUGGAAGGAGGAUGCAUCUAUUGCAGUUCGGGAGGGUACACAAAUAUUGGGGUUGAAGAGCAAAGGCCCAUUUAUUACAUACAAUACUCUCCCGUGGGCUCAGUCACUCUUGUCUCCAUCAAGGUCUGCCCAUCUUUGACUCUUCAGUCCUCCCACUUACAGCUGGCUGCCUGCUCCCCAGAUGUUGUUGUUACAUCAGUUUCGGCCUUUAUGGUCGGAUAAAGAAGACCACGAGCUAGUGAAGUAACCUUUUAGGCCUUUAGAGCAUAUCAUCAAGUGGCAUACGCAAUUCACCCGUCGCCAUAUUUUAUGCAUUAAAAUCCAAGUUUUGUAUUUUGAAAACUUCAAGUGAAAAGAUAAAAAAGCAUCUUGAUUGUUA